UGUAGAAAAGUUUGAUUAAGGAAAUAAAUUUAUCAGUAUUUCUGUAUAAAGCUUCCGUUUGCAAAGGCGUUACCUGGCACGGUUUUUCCAGUCAGUGCAAUGUCUACUGGCUCGGUCAGUGACAACGAUGACAUUCACGAGAUGAUGAUCCAGGACUUCGGGUUGCAGUUUGGUGCUUCUGCACGGACCUGCGCGGACACCGUAGACUUGCAUUCUCCGGAAAACUCCGAAGACGAAUCGGGCGCCGAGUUCUGUGUUGCCGGCGGUCGGGGAAAAGGCGGCCAGUCCAGGUCGCCCAGGUGUCAGGUGCCAAAGAGUCACAGGGACUGCAAACAGUCUCAGAGGAACGCGGCCAACGCCAGAGAGCGGGCAAGGAUGAGAGUGCUGAGCAAAGCCUUCACCAGGUUAAAAACCAGCUUACCCUGGGUGCCACCAGACACCAAACUGUCCAAACUGGACACCCUGAGACUGGCCUCGAGCUACAUCGCGCAUCUCCGGCAGCUGCUUCAGGAGGACACCUACGGGAAUGGUUUCGUUCACCCUGUCAGCCUGACUUGGCCCUUUAUAGUUUCUGGAAGACCAGAUACGGAAAACAAGGAUGUUUCCUCAACAACCAGGCUCUGUGGAGCCACAGCAUAAAAGACUGCAUACUUCUUAUUUAUGUACAGUGCAUUUGUAAAUAUGCGUGUGUAUUUUUGUAUACAUAUAUAUAAACAAUAUAUAUAUUUUU